UUCCGUCUUUCUUGUUUAGCCACAUUGUACGUCGGUAAGAUUGUGUUAUUACUUAUUGGGAAUAAUCAAGUGGCAUCGUUGAAUAUAUUAUAUAUUUUACAAUUAAUUUUUAUUUAAAGACGAAAAUGGGGCGCCGACCAGCUAGAUGUUAUCGAUAUUGUAAAAACAAACCUUAUCCUAAAUCAAGAUUUUGUCGUGGUGUACCAGAUCCAAAAAUCCGUAUUUUUGAUCUUGGAAAGAAGAAAGCUUCUGUCGAGGAUUUUCCAUUAUGUGUACAUUUAGUGUCUGAUGAAUAUGAACAGCUUAGUUCAGAGGCACUUGAAGCAGGUAGAAUCUGUGCCAAUAAAUACAUGGUUAAGAAUGCUGGUAAAGAUCAGUUUCAUAUUCGUAUGAGGCUUCAUCCUUUCCAUGUCAUCCGUAUUAAUAAAAUGUUAUCAUGUGCUGGAGCUGAUAGGCUCCAAACUGGAAUGAGAGGAGCUUUUGGUAAACCUCAAGGUACUGUAGCUAGAGUACAUAUUGGACAACCUAUUAUGAGUGUGCGUUCGUCAGAUCGGCAUAAGGCUGCUGUAAUUGAAGCAUUACGUCGUGCAAAGUUCAAGUUUCCUGGUCGUCAGAAGAUUUAUGUAUCUAAGAAAUGGGGUUUUACUAAAUAUGACCGUGCUGUAUAUGAAGAAUUAAAAGCAUUUGGUCGUCUUGCUCCAGAUGGUUGUAAUGUUAAAUAUUUACCUGAGCAUGGACCUCUUGAAGAAUGGAAAAAAUUCAGGAAAGUUCUUGCUACAGCGUAAAUAAGAUUUUUGGAAUUCAAUUUAAAUAAAAAAGAGAGAAGAUUU